AUGUGGGCAUUGAAGAAGCUGAAUCCUUACAGGGCCAAAGUUGCUAACCUGAGAAUGACACAACUCAAUGAGAUGGAAGAAUUUUGUCUCCAUGCCUAUGAGAGUACAAUCAUGUAUAAGGAGAGAAUGAAGUUUUUCCAUGACAAGAAGAUCUUGAAGAGGGAAUUCAAAUCCGGUGACUUGGUCUUACUCUUCAACUCAAGACUCAAUUUGUUUCCGGGAAAACUCAAAUUGAAAUGGUCUGGCCCAUUCAAAGUUGUGAGUAUAUCCCCCUAUGGUGUUAUUAAAUUGGAGUCGGAGGAUGGAACUCAAACUUUCAAAGUGAAUGGUCAACGAGUCAAGCAUUACCUCGGUAGUGUAAAAUACCAUGAACGGGGUGCAGGUACUGAGGUAAAUGAAGGAAAGAAGGUUCCAUAG